CCCGGCCCCGGCUUCGGCCUCAGCCGCGCGCCCGGCUCUGCCGUGGCCUUCCCAGCCCGCGGGCAGCCGAGCCGCCAGCGACGCCCGCCGAGCUCCGGGAGCCCGGGCGGGGGCCAUGCCGUGCCGGAGGGAGGAGGAAGAGGAAGCCGGCGAGGAAGCGGAGGGGGAGGAGGAGGAGGACAGCGACAGCUUCCUCCUGCUGCAGCAGUCGGUGACGCUGGGCGGCUCGGGCGAGGUGGACCGGCUGGUGGCCCAGAUCGGCGAGACGCUGCAGCUGGACGCGGCGCAGGACAGCCCGGCCUCCCCGCACGCGCCCCCGGGGCCGCCGCUGCAGCCCCCGGCGGCGGUGCCGGCGGACAAGGCCCGUUCUCCGGCCGUGCCGCUGCUGCUGCCACCCGCGUCGGCCGAGGCGGUGGGCCCGGCGCCCCCGGGGGCCGUGCGCUGCGCCCUCGGGGACCGUGGCCGUGUGCGGGGCCGGGCUGCGCCCUACUGCGUGGCCGAGCUCGCCGCUGGCUCCAGCGCACUUUCCCCACUGUCCCCUCAGCCUGGCUUUGAUGGGCCUCCGGGAGCUGGCCAGCGGGGUGUCCCGCAGCCGCUGUCGGGCCCGUGCCGGCGAGGAUGGCUCCGGGGCGCCGCAUCCUCCCGCCGACUGCAGCAGCGCCGCGGGUCCCAGCCCGAAACCCGCACAGGGGACGACGACCCGCAUCGGCUCCUGCAGCAGCUCGUGCUCUCGGGAAACCUCAUCAAAGAGGCCGUGCGGAGGCUCCAUUCGCGACGGCUGCAGUUACAUGCAAAGCUUCCCCAGCGUCCGCUCCUGGGGCCUCUGUCGGCCCCGGUGCAUGAGCCCCUUUCACCCCUCAGUCCUCGUGCGGCCUGCAGUGACCCUGGAGCGUCCGGGAGGGCGCAGCUGAGACCUGGCGACGGUGUUCUUGUCCCUGGCAGCUAACACAGCCGAGGUGGCCACAGCGUCAGCCUCUGACUGGAGGGCAAGGGAUUCCCCCGAGUGCGGCAACCCCUGCUCAAACUGCUGAACUCGCGCUUUUGGAAACGGAGAAAAUAAGCUAAUGAAGACGAGGAACCGAAAAAUCGCGAAUGUUUUCGCAGGGAACUGAGGUCGAGGGCCCGGAUCUGUUUGAAAUGCAGGACAGGGUUGGCCCUACUUAAGGCAGAUUUGACAGAGCGCGCCCCGAGCGCACAGUCAGUAGGACUCCGUGGGGCGUGGCCCGACCCGGCCGCGCAGCCUCUCAGGGCGCUCCAGCCGCAGUCCACGCUUCUCAGGGUCGCCGAGCCCCGGAACGACGGAGAAUGAUCCCAAUUACUUGCUUUACCUUUUCAGGGCUGGUUCCUGAUCCUCUUGGGGGGCGGGGAAGAUGAGCAAACGAUAAUUUCAGGGAGCACCCCAAUCUGCCAGACUUGAAAAUUUACGACACUUAAAAAAAAAACACAUCUCACGUCUUUGGGGUUGCUGGUUCUUAAUAUAAAACACGCGGUACCAUGAAAGGACCCUCUCGGGGUUGAAUAGGAGUAACCUUCAUCUCUGCUCUCUGCA